UCGCGCCAUCCUAUUGAGUGGUGGGCUUGGCGGAUAGAGGGAGGGAGAAUUGGCUCGACAUUUAGCUGCAGUUUUUGAACGUACGUUAGCGUGCGAUUCACUUUCCUUCCAGGUUUUAAAGGGAUAUCUAUGUUAUUUUCCUAAUUUGAGUUGUACGUGUUAUCUGAGGGUAAAUGAGGAUGCCGGGUACUAGGUUUCAGAGUGGGGACAUGGUGAUGGGCCGCUGGCCUGGUAGCAGCCUGUUCUACGAAGUCAAGGUGCUGAGCUACGAUGCCAAGAUUCAGCUCUACACGGUCGUCUACAAGGAUGGCACUGAGCUGGAGCUCAGAGAGGCUGACAUGAAGAAUCCAACUGGCUUUAAACCAAGCCGUCGUUCUCGCUCCCGCUCUCCAUCGCGGCGGCGCAGUCGUUCCCGUUCUCCAGCCAGGACCACCCGGCGCUCCUCGUCUCGCACCUUUGCCACGGAGACGCCUGCUGCACGCAAGGAGCCCAAAAUGAAAGAAGUGCUGGAGAUCAGACUCAGCCCUGUGGCUAGGCCAGUUGAGAACAAUGGCCACAAGCAUGAAAACAAAGAGAAUGAUACUGCUGACAAAGUCAAUGAGAAACCUGCAGAGGCGGAGCAAGAGAAGGUAUUAGAGAGCCGCUACAACCUCAGACGCAGAAAGGAUGACGGUGACGCCAAGCCAGCCGAGCAGACAGAGGAGGAAGCUGAGCCGAAGCCUGCAGCAGCCACAGCCCCCAUCACCACUGAGCUGGAGUUUGGAGGGAGGCUAGGAGUGUCCUGCAUGAUGCUGUUCCUGCCUGUGGCCGUGUUGGGACUGAUGGUGGUUUGUAGUCAGGAGGAUGCUAGCCUGAUGAGCCCCCCCCCUCUGCCUGCCCUGGACUCCCUGUUGGAUCCACAUGUGUUUGGCAUGGUGGUCCUCUGGUUCCUCUUCCAGGCCCUGCUCUACGUGCUGCCUGUCGGAAAGGUUGUAGAAGGAAUCCCCCUGAAGAAUGGAGAGUGGCUGAAGUACAGAAUGAACACCCUCCAUGCCUUUGUGCUGACGGUGGCUGCCCUGGGGGCUGCAGUCCAUCAGGGGGUGGACCUCGGCUACAUCCACAGCCACUUCCUCCAGCUGGCUGUGUCUUCCCUGCUCUUCUCUGUCCUGCUCAGUGUCUAUCUGUACGUCCGCUCUCGCUGGGCACCCCAGGACCAGCUGGCCCCUGGAGGAAACUCUGGGAGUGUGAUUUAUGACUUCUUCAUGGGAAGUGAACUCAACCCCCGGAUCAAGGGCUUUGAUCUCAAAUACUUCUGUGAGCUGCGCCCAGGAUUGAUGGGUUGGCUGGUGAUCAACGCUGCCAUGGCUCUGGCUGAGAUGAAACUCCAUAACCUGGACUACCCUUCACCAGCCAUGAUCCUGGUCAACUGCUUCCACCUGUUCUAUGUGCUUGAUGCCUACUGGCAUGAGGAGGCUGUCCUGGGCUAUAUGGAUACAACCCAUGCUGGAUUUGGCUUCAUGCUGGUGUUUGGAGACUUGAUGUGGGUUCCCUUCACCUUCAGUCUCCAGUCCUACUACCUGGUUUACCACCCCAGCCACCUCUCUCUGCCCUGGAUCGUAGGCAUCGUUACUCUCAAUGUCAUUGGAUUUAGCAUCUUCCGUAAAGCAAACUCGCAGAAAAAUGCCUUCAGAAGAAAUCCUUCAGACCCUACAUUAUCCCAUCUGAAGACCAUCCCUACUGCCACGGGGAAGAGUCUCCUGGUGUCUGGUCUAUGGGGGCUCGUCCGUCACCCCAACUACCUGGGUGACCUCAUCAUGGCUCUGGCAUGGUCACUACCCUGUGGGUUCACCCACAUCCUGCCAUACUUCUAUGUGAUCUACCUAACCACCCUGCUGGUCCACCGGGAGGCCCGGGAUGAGGCCCAGUGCAGGAGGAAGUACGGCUCGGCGUGGGACGACUACUGCCGAGAGGUCCGCUACCGCAUCAUCCCCAGAGUCUAUUGAAACCUUCGCCACCCCGACCUCCAACCAACUCCACGGCCUCCAAUUCUGCAAGCUCACAACUCAGCGCAUGGCUACAUGAGUUUGUAAACAACCAGUUGUUUGGAAAUGAGAAUUUAAAGACAUUGGGACACUUGAAUUUCAAAAAGGGAGAAGCUUGAUUCUUGGAAGUUCUGCAGGAGCAGCUUUCUUUGAAGUGUGAUGGUUUUAUGAAGGUACACUAAUUAGCUGGCUGAAUUUGAUUAAUGCCCUUUAAGAGCGAAAAGGUUUCAAAAUUGAAGAAAGAAGAAGCCUCAGUCUGUGGAAGGGAUGUAUAUAUUUUUGUACAUAAUUAUUUGUAUUUGUUUUAAACUUUAAGAUGCCUGUUAACAUUGCAUAUUUGAUCUGUUUUUAAGUUUUCACUCCCAUAUCUAAUUACAAUAUUUGCUUGGCUUUAAUUUUGAAGUAUUUUGUAAUGAUACCUUUGGUAUACAUUGCUUUUUGUGUAUAUUGUCAAUGAUGGGAUUUAAAUGCUCUUUUUAUCUGUACAGUUAAAAUGGGAUUAACGAUCUUCCUCAGGACUACAACAUUCACAAAAUAGCAUUUAGACAUAUUUUUAUAUAGAGCUGUAGCCUAGUGUUAACUGAGUGUAAAAUAAAAAGUAUUUGGUUGUUUUAAAUGCACUAUGAAAGAUUGUAUUUUAUACCAAAAGUCUAUGAUUUGACUUUGCUUACUCUGGUUCACUGUCAAAUUCCUCCCCAGUCUUCUGGAUCGUAGUAUUGUUUAGCUCCUGUUAUAGUCAGUCCCCUUUCCAGAGGGAAGACAACCAGUCUGUUGAUCAAAUCCACAGUAUCUUAUUUAAAACCAUUACCAUCUGCAAGGGCACUUAGACAGUAUCCAUGUUAAGCACCUUAAGUUAUUCAAGACCUUACUUUUCAAAAAAGGCAUCACAACCAUAUUUUUCAUUUAGUGUUCAAUUUUUAGUUUGUCACGGUGAAAACAGUCAUACUUUCUGUACGUGCAAUGAAUGCUGUGUCGUGUGGUAACCACCUGGCAACGGUGUUUAAUCCUGUGCAAGUAUUUUCUGACCCAGCUGUAGAUGAGCAGUAUAGCAGCAAUAGAAUAACUAGAAUAGGUUGCAUUUUAUGCAACUGAAUGCAAUGUAAAUACUAGAUUUCUUUGUUUUAUUUUAAGUACAAAAUAUACAAGUGAUGUUAGAUCUUGUUUUACAAUAGAUAUUUAAAGCUGCAUUUGAUUUAAACUGUUAAUUGCCUAAAUUACCACUAGCCAUUUUUGUUUACAGCUAGAUCUGCUGUUCUCUAGACAAUAUUACCAUGUAAUCUUAGAACAUAACUUGUGAUUUGUCUAACUAUUUGUCAUUGAGACCCAUUCUGUAUUCAACCUUUGUUUUGACUGAUGGGACUGGCAACAAUUUCCUGUUUGGGUCAGCUGUCUGUUUGUUGAAGCUAAAACAAGUUGGCUGUAACUAGGACAGUGGAAGAAGACCCAAUGUUCAUGAUUUGUUCAAUGUCCGUCUCCAACGGAAAAUGUGACAAUGGCUGGAAAUCUCGCCUUGUACAAAGGUUUUGGAAAAAAAUAAAGGUUUACACUUACAGUA